AUGGCUGCUGCCAUGCCACCAGCCAAACCGGCGAAAGCGGGCAUCGUGGAGCGGGUUUCUGGCCUCUUCGACUGCACGCGUCGUGCCCUGCAGCUGGUUUGGCUGACCAGCCGUCCGCUGACCUUUGGCUUGGCCUUCCUGACUCUAGUCAUGGGAGCCUUACCUGGGCUGCGGGCCGCCACAACGAAGCGGGUCAUCGACGCUGUGGUCUCCGGGAUCUCCUCCGGAAGCUCCCACCCUGCCGUGGUGUGGCUUUCCGUGGAAGCAGCCUUGGUGGUGUCCUUGGCGGCGACGCGGCGGGCCCAGGAAGUGGCGGAGUCCUUCCUUGGCACCCUUUUGGGCCACCGGGUCAAUGUCAUGAUUCUGGAGAAGGCCUUGGAGCUUCAGCUAACAGACUUCGAAGACUCAGCGCUCUACGACAAGCUCACUCGGGCCCGGAGAGAGGCGAGCCGUCGUCCUUUGUCUCUGGCUCAGCAGUCCCUGAGCUUGAUCCGCAAUAGCCUGGCGCUCGUGGGGUAUGGCACCUUGCUGCUGCGAUUCUCGCCCCUGGCAGUAGCCGUGCUGCUUGUGACCGCAGUACCUCCCUUCAUCGCCGGCGUGAAGUUCGCAGGGGACGCGUUUCAGCUGGCACGACGCCAGACCUCGGGCUUCCGAGAACAGAUUUACUUGGAGCGGGUCAUGGCCAUGGAUACCCCCGCCAAGGAAGUCAAGCUGUUUGGGCUGGGCCCAUGGCUUCUGAAGCGGUAUCGGCAGAUCUUCGACGGCUUCUUCCGAGACACCUCGAACCUGGCGCUGAAACAGGGAUCCUAUGGCUUCCUCCUCGAGCUUGUCUCCACCGCAGGCCUGUACAUGGCUUUCGCUUGGGUGGCCAUGGCGGCAGUUAGCCAGACCAUCAGCCUUGGAGACAUGACAAUGUACCUCCUCAUCUUCAAAGAAGGCCAGCAAGCUUUCUCAGCAAUUCUGCGGGCGAUUGGAGGCAUGUACGCUGACAAUUUGUACUUGUCCAACCUCUAUGAAUUCUUGGACUACAAGGUGCAGAAGAGCGAAGGGACGCAGGAGAAAGGCCCCAGUCCCGGCGACGGCGUGCGCUUCGAAGAUGUUUGGUUCCGCUAUCCCGGUGCCACUGAGGACACCAUCAAAGGCGUCUCAUUUCAUAUUCCGCCUGGAACGCGCUUCGCCCUCGUGGGCAACAACGGCGCGGGGAAAACAACGCUGAUCAAGCUGUUGUCAGGCUUGUACCAGCCCAGCAAGGGGAAGAUCCUGUUAGAUGGCCUGGACUUGACGGAGUGGUCGUCAGACGCCUUGAAGAAGCGGAUUGGAGCAAUCUUCCAGGACUUCAUACGCUACGAGCUCACGGUGGGCGCAAACGUAGGUGUGGGUGAUAUCGACGCCAUCGACGAGGAGCCCCGUGUCGCGCGGGCUGCAGAUCGCGGCAUGGCGGCGCCUUUCAUCGAGGAGUGGCCACAGAAGUAUCAGACGCAGCUCGGGAAUCUGUUUAUGCGUGGGCGAGAGCUCAGUGGUGGUCAAUGGCAGAAGGUUGCCUUAAGUCGCGCCCUGAUGCGG